AUGGCCAGCUUAUCAUCCAACUGGAAGAAACUCCAGGCAAAGCUCAAGGCCGAAUCAGCGUCCAAGCCCAGCGCAAAGCGCAAAGCCGACGACGAAACCAGCGCUCCUACCAAGGCCAAGAAGCCGAAGAGCAGCGGCGUCAGCAAUUCGGGCACCACAGCAAUCAAGGGACCGCGGGAAUCGAUCCCCAAAAGAGUCGGUGGCAUCGGCGGCGGCAAGAUGGGUGCCGCGCAGAGCACGCUCGCCCGGGGUGAGCAAAAGCACGGCGUGAGCCCCUCUGCCGCCCUCUGGGGUCCCUCCGCCGGCGGCAUCUCCCCCGAGGCCCUCGCCGAGGCGUACCAGCUCGGCGCCCGCGACAGCUCCAUGGUGCUGUCGACGCGCGACGACGAGGUCAACCGGGGCCUGACGCCCGGCCUUGAGCUGGGCAAGUACGUCGCCAUCGACUGCGAAAUGGUCGGCGUCGGCCCCGGCGGGCACGCCUCGGCGCUCGCCCGCGUCAGCCUCGUCGACUUUCACGGCCGCCAAGUCUACGACUCGUACGUGCGGCCGCGGCAGCCCGUCACAGACUGGCGCACGCCCGUCAGCGGCAUCGCCCCGCGCGACAUGCGAGGCGCGCGCACCUUUGCGACUGUCCAGCAGGAUGUGGCCGCGCUUCUCGACGGCCGCGUCCUCAUCGGCCACGACGUCCGGCAUGACUUGGAGGCGCUGCAGCUGAGCCACCCGCCGCGCGACGUCCGCGACACCGUCAGACACGGCGGCUUCAAGCGGCACGCACACGGGCGCAAGCCGGCGCUGCGCGUGCUUGCGCAGAUGCUGCUGAAUGUGGAGAUACAGGACGGCGCGCACUCGAGUCUGGAGGAUGCGCGCGUGACGAUGCUGCUGUUUAGGAGGAACAAGUCCGAGUUUGACGUGGAUCACGCCAAUCGGUAUACGCCAAGGCCGGAGCCAGCGGUGCCAGGCAGCUCGAAUACGAAAAAGGCGAAAAAGAAGAAGCGGUAG